AUGACUCGACGGGUUUCCAGCAACGCUCCGUUUGAACUUUGGUUGAAUAGUGGUAACUGGAUAUCAAACAUCAAUAACAUCAUAUCAUGGAGAGCCGUGACUCGGGUGGAACUGAGGAACCGGUCUGACAUCAGCAAAGCCAACACAUCACCUCAGACCACCAUCCUACCAGCUGUGAGAGUUCCUUCAAACUGUCAGAGAGAUUUCAGCCUGUUGAUGUUUGACCCUGAUGGAGACGAAGUUAAAUGCAGAUAUGGAAACUCUGCACUCUCAGAGUGUAACCCCUGCACUCCACCCUCUGUCCUCAGCCUCUCAUCGUCGUCUUGUACUCUGUCAUUCAGCCCCACCAGCAGCAGUAAUGAAGGUUCGUAUGUAGUACAGCUGGUGAUGGAGGACUUCCCCAGACAGACCAUCACUCUGACUCAAACCAGCGGGACACAAACAACAAUAACUACCAACAAUGCCAUCAGCAAAAUACCGAUUCAGUUUGCUUUGAAAGUUGAUCCUGCAGUGCCAUCCUGCACAGAAGGACUCUUUCUGCCCAAGUUUCUUCCUCCAACACCAGCCAACGGAGCUCAGCUCUACAACGUCAGUCAGACUCUGGAAAUUCACAUCACUGCAGAGGCACUUAACUCCACACUCGGAGCAAAUCAGGCCGGAGCCCGCUGCAUUUCCCGGACUCAGAGCUGGCAGGCUGGAGCCGGCUACAUUGUCCGUAUUUCGAAGCUAACGAAGCCGGAGUAUGCUACACCACCCGGACGCGGAGCUAACAGGACGGAGCCUGCUAUACUGCCUGGACGCAGAGUUAACAGGCCGGAGACUGCUACACCGUCCGGACACGCAGCUAACAGGCCGGGCUGGAGCCUGCUACGACGCACCUCCAUCUGA